AUGAAUUUAAAUCAUCUCUCUCCAAUGGCUUUUAAAGUCACUCAACAUCAUGAUACAGAACCACCAUAUUCUAGUCCAUUAAAUAGUAACAAACAACGUGGUUACUAUACAUGUAUUGUUUGUAAUACACCAGUAUUCAGUUCGGAACAUAAAUACGAUAGUGGAACUGGUUGGCCCAGUUUCUAUUCUCCAUAUCAAUCAGCUAAUAUUGGUUCAAAACAAGAUUAUAGUUUAAUGUAUCCUCGAACUGAAGUUCAUUGUGCGAAGUGUAAUGCACAUUUUGGUCAUGUAUUUAAUGAUGGGCCUAUGCCAACCGGUCUUCGUUAUUGUAUAAAUGGUGCAGCAUUAAAUUUUAUUCCGCAAUAA